UGCAUGUCCCCGCCUCGCGCGGCGGCGGGUGAAGAGCCUGAGACGGUGGUGGGGGUGUCUCCGCGCGCGGUGGGCUCGGGGUUAGGGAAAUAUGGCAGCAAGGCGAAUUGUGCAGGAGACUUUUGAUGCUGUAUUACAAGAGAAAGCUAACCGAUAUCACAUGGACCCCAGUAGUGAGGCUGUAGGUGAAGCUCUUCAGUUUAAAGCUCAAGAUCUUCUAAGGACAGUCCCAAGAGCCCGAGCAGAUAUGUAUGAUGACAUUCACAGUGACAGCAGAUACACUCUGGGUGGAUCUGUAGCUCACUCUCGAGACACUGGGAGAGAAGGCCUGAGAAGUGAUGUAUUUCCAGGACCUUCCUUCAGACCAAGCAACCCUUCUGUAAGUGACGACAACUACUUUCGUAAGGAAUGUGGCCGGGAUCUGGAAUUUUCCCACCCUGACUCCCGAGACCAGGUCCUUGGCCACCGGAAAUUGGGACAUUUCCGUUCUCAGGACUGGAAGUUUGCACUCCGUGGCUCUUGGGAACAAGACUUUGGCCACCCAGUUUCUCAAGAAUCCUCUUGGUCACAGGAGUGUAAUUUUGGUCCUUCUGCACUACUGGGGGACUUUGGCUCCUCCAGGCUGAUUGAGAAAGAGUGUUUAGAGAAAGAGAGUCGGGAUUUCGACGUGGACCGUCCAGGGGAAGCAGACUCUGUGCUCAGGGGCAGCGGCCAAGUUCAGGGCAGAGGCCGAGGUCUACACAUUGUUGACCAGGAGGGUGCCCUCCUAGUAAAGGGAGAGACUCAGGGCCUGCUCACACCUAAAGGGGGGGUCGGGAAACUUGUCACGCUGAGAAGUGUGAGCACGAAAAAAGUACCCACUAUAAAUCGUAUUACUCCCAAAACUCAGGGCACUAACCAAAUCCAGAAAACCGCCCCAAGUCCUGAUGUGACCCUGGGGACAAACCCAGGGACAGAAGAUCUCCAAUUCCCUGCUCAGAAGAUCCCUCUGGGGCUCAAUCUGAAGGAUAUUCGGCUCCCCAGAAGAAAGAUGAGCUUUGAUCUCAUAGAUAAGUCAGAUGUUUUUUCAAGGUUUGGGAUAGAAAUAAUCAAAUGGGCUGGAUUCCACACCAUAAAAGAUGAUGUUAAAUUUUCCCAGCUUUUCCAGACUCUCUUUGAACUUGAAACUGAAACCUGCGCUAAAAUGCUUGCCUCAUUCAAAUGCUCCUUAAAACCAGAGCACAGAGAUUUUUGCUUUUUUACUAUCAAAUUUUUAAAGCACUCCGCUUUGAAAACACCCAGAGUCGAUAAUGAGUUUUUAAACAUGCUUUUAGACAGAGGUGCUGUGAAGACCAAAAAUUGCUUUUUUGAAAUCAUAAAGCCCUUUGACAAGUACAUAAUGAGGCUUCAAGACCGGCUUCUGAAGAGUGUCACGCCCCUGCUCAUGGCCUGCAAUGCCUAUGAGCUGAGUGUCAAGAUGAAGACCCUCAGUAACCCCCUGGACUUGGCUAUUGCUCUGGAGACCACCAAUUCUCUCUGCCGGAAGUCUUUGGCCCUUUUGGGACAAACAUUUUCUUUGGCUUCUUCUUUCCGGCAAGAGAAAAUCUUGGAAGCUGUUGGCCUCCAAGAUAUCGCUCCAUCUCCUGCCGCGUUUCCAAACUUCGAGGACUCCACUCUGUUUGGGAGAGAGUACAUCGAUCACCUGAAGGCCUGGCUGGUCAGCAGCGGGUGUCCACUCCAGGUCAGGAAAGGUGAACCCGAGCCCACUCACGAUGAGGAGAAAACUGUUCCUCCUACCAAACCCGAGAUUGAGGCCACGGCUCCAGGUGCUCUGAGUGAUGCAGUCCCCCAGCGAGCAGAUCACAAAGUGGUGGACGCCAUUGACCAGUUGGUCACACGUGUCGUCGGAGGCAGCCUGUCUCCCAAAGAGAGAGCUCUUCUCAAGGAGGACCCUGCUUAUUGGUUUUUGUCAGAUGACAGUAGUCUGGAGUAUAAAUAUUACAAGCUGAAGCUGGCAGAAACACAGCGCAUGAGCCAGACCUUGCCAGGGGUGGAUCAGAAGCCGGUGGCGGCUGAGUGUGCAGUCCGAGCCAUGCUGUACGCCCGGGCAGUCCGGAACCUCAAGAAGAGGCUUCUUCCGGGGCGGCGGCGAGGGCUGCUCCGAGCUCAAGGGCUCCGGGGUUGGAAGGUGAGGAGAGCGACCACCGGGACCCAGACCCUCCUCUCCUCGGGCACCAGACUAAAACACCGCGGCCGGCAGGCUGCAGGCUCCUUGCAAGGAAAGCCGCCCCAGCCAGACAGAAAUGAUGCUGCCCAGGACUGCCCACCAGAUCCAGCAGGACCCUCUUCUCAGGACGCCAGCACAGAAGCCUCGAGCCCAUCCCCCAAGCCAGGAGGAGUGGAAGUCUCUGAAGCCCCUCAGACCUCCUCUCCCUGCCUGCCUGCUGACGUUGACUCGAAGACAAUGGAGACUGCGGAGAAACUGGCCAAAUUUGUUGCUCAGGUGGGACCAGAGAUCGAACAAUUCAGCAUAGAAAAUAGCACCGACAACCCUGACCUGUGGUUUCUACAUGACCAAAAUAGUUCAGCUUUCAAAUUCUAUCGAAAGAAAGUAUUUGAACUCUGCCCAUCGAUUUGUUUUACGUCCUCUCCGCUGAACCUCUAUGCUGGUGGGAGUGCCCUAGGGCCCAUGGAAGGGGAAGGAGAGUUUGAUGAUGAGCCCCCUCAGCACGAGGCUGAGCUGGAGGGCCCAGAGGUGAUGCCUGAGGAAGACGAGGACGACGACGAGGACGAGGAGGAGGACGACGACGAGGAGGGAGGUGAGGAGGCCCUUGCUCCCAGAGGGGCCUCCAGGCCAGCAGGAGGGGCUGCCAAGUCUGAGGGUUCCGAAGGCAGCCCCAGUGCCGAUGGCCUCCUGAGCGAGGUGGCUGAGGAUGGCCCAGCAGGCACGCCUGCCCUGUCACAGGCCUCCUCAGGAGCCUGCUUCCCCCGGAAGAGGGUCAGCAGCAAGUCGUUGAAGGUUGGCAUGAUUCCAGCUCCCAAGAGGCUGUGUCUCAUCCAGGAGCCCAAAGUUCACGAACCAGUUCGCAUCGCCUACGACAGGCCUCGGGGUCGUCCUGUGUCCAAAAAGAAGAAACCCAAGGACUUAGACUUCGCCCAGCAGAAGCUGACUGACAAGAACCUGGGGUUCCAGAUGCUGCAGAAGAUGGGCUGGAAGGAGGGCCACGGCCUGGGCUCCUGUGGGAAGGGCAUCAGGGAGCCCGUCAGCGUGGGAACUGCCUCGGAAGGGGAGGGUUUGGGUGCCGACGGGCAGGAGCACAAAGAAGACACGUUUGACGUGUUCCGUCAGAGGAUGAUGCAGAUGUACAGACACAAGCGGGCCAACAAAUAGAUCAGAACCAUGGGUGAGAAAGAUAAGGCUUGAAGCAGCAAUUACUCUUAAAACGCCACCUCUGCCCUGGAUCUGCUCUGGAGCCAGUGCCCAAGUAGGUUUGGUGUGUACACAAAAAACAAAUGUCUCUCCAGUUUCUGGGGUGGAGGUUCCACUGGCUUUUCUUAAAGAAAACAAGAAUGCACCAUUUCCAAUCUCCUUUUGCCUUUCCCCGCUCUUCUGAAUGCUUUAAGCCGCAAGUCCCCCCCAGAUCUUUCCUGGUUCCCCUCAGAAGGUGGUGAUGCCGGUCUUCCCAUCCCAGGGCACAUUGCUCUCCAGAAGUGCUCUGUUAGCAAACUUGAAGCGAAAUGAUUACACGUUGUAUCUUCUUGUUUCCAGAAUUUAAAUAGGGGGUAUAAAUUGGUAAUAGUGGAGUCUGUGCUCUGGUACCACAGCCUGUUGGUCAGAACACUGACGCUCUUUGAACAGGUGGAGAUACUUGAUUGGAUGACCAUGUUAUUCCUGGAGUCUCAGCUCUUAAAUGCAUCCCAAGAGACCUAACGAACUUUAGCAACAGUAUAACAUAGCUGUGUUUAGUGGGGAGUAAUCAUCACACUGAUGAGACUUUCCCCAGAUUGACAUGUCUCUUUAGAAUCCACAAAGAAAGCAAACUACAGUUUGAUUUUUUUUUAAACCACAUGUGGAGUCUCUCCUACAAAGGGGUGGGGGAGGGUAUAAACUCUUCAAGAGUCUUUCUGUUUUGCAUGUGUGGCAGUGUAAAGAAUUGUUUUAUUAGGGCCUUUGUACAGAACAGCAAGGAUCCUCUUGGGGUGGGCUCGGCAGCUGUUUGCUAUUUCAAGGCAUAUGAUUGCUGCCCCUUCCAGCUUCUCGCAGUGCUCUGCUUCUUGCAGCUACAUGUGAAAUUCUCAGGCUGUGGGAAUCUCAACCCUUCCUCAUAAAGCAACAGUGUUGAAGUUUUAAAUAUGUGUUAAAAUCUGGAAAACUUGGGAUCCUGCUGACACUACAAGCUUGGGGGACAUGGCAAUGAGUUACCAUGUCAGCCUCUUUUAUUGGCUUUAAAUCCUUGCUUUCUCAUAGCCACAGCUCUCCUGGGCUGUAGUCCCAAGCCCCUCUGGUUCUGUCUUGUCUGUCUGGUCUGCAGCCAUGGCACAGCGUCACAGGCCUGUGCCGGCAUCUCACGUGCCCUCCCCGUGGCGCCUGUCGUCUUGUCAGGUGUAGCCCCCAGGGCUCUGCUUCUGGUUGCUUCUGUUGCUUUGGCAACUGGCAGGUUUUUAUGGCCGUGGAUAUGCUGGAGGUGCCUCAGCAGAGUUGAACCAGCCUGCAGGGGCAUGUAGUUUGGGGGAACCACAGCUACGGAGGUUCAUCUUCUGCUCCUUUCUUUGCUAAUUCUUCCAACAGCCUUCCAUGCUGGCCAAGGGUUGAGCGGAUGGAUAGAACUCUGAGAACGGGGCCUCAGUCCCCCGUGGCCUUUCUCAGAGUGCCAGCUGGCCCUGAGGGAGGCGCACAUCCCCAGCAUGGGUCCUAGCUUUCUCUCGAGCCUAGAUAGCUCUGCCCGUCAUAUUCGCUUUGUCCUAGUAUGUUCGUUCUGGGCUUUCUCCACUUUUAUUUAUAAGUAAAAUGCUUUAGGAAUUCCCAGGGUGUGAGCCCUGUCAGUGCAGCCUCCUGCCACUUCUCCUCCUGGGGACAUCGCACUUUGAGCUGACAGUGAUUGUGAGCUUUUGGCAAACAUCAAAGGCAACACCUACUUCUUGAGCCUUGGAAGUCCUCUGAGCACUCAGGUGACGCUUUUCCUGUGGAGUUGAUGUUGAGGCAGUGAAGGCAUUGCGGGAGCCAGGCAGAGCGUGGUGGUGUGUCCCUGUGCCAGCUGUCGGCUGGGGACCAGUGUGCUGACGCUCUGUGCCUGCCCUUGCUCUCUCUGGCCUAGGCCGCUCUGCAGGGAGCAUGUGUGUGAGCACAAUGUGCGUUUGCAUGGCCUUGUCAAAGUCACAGUGUCUUUUCUGUCA